CGGAACCCAGUCCCUGAACAUUUCCUUGGCUCUAUGGUUCGGUUCAGGUCGAGAGAGAUGAAGGGUUCGAUGGGUCGCUAUGGCGUUGCCGUAGUUGUGGUGUUGGCUUUGAUUUUAGGUGCGUCAACGGAACAACUGAGCUCAAGAGAAUGCGAGAAUCUUGGCUUCACUGGACUCGCUUUGUGCUCCGAUUGCAAUACUCUUUCCGAGUACGUCAAGGACAAAGAGUUGGUAUCGGAUUGUUUAAAGUGUUGCACGGAAGACUCCAAUGAUGCCACUACCAAGAUUAUGUACUCUGGAGCUCUAGUGGAAGUCUGCAUGAGGAAACUUGUUUUCUAUCCUGAGGUUGUUAGCUUUAUUGAAGAGGAGAAAGAUCAGUUUCCAUCAGUCAAAGUACAAUAUGUUUUUAACUCCCCACCAAAGCUAAUUUUGCUGGAUGAUGCGGGUCAGCAUAAGGAAACAAUCAGGAUUGAUAAUUGGAAACGUGAGCAUAUGCUGCAGUUCCUGCGAGAGAAGGUGAAGCCUUAUGGCAGCUAAUUGAGAAUCUUUAACUCGUUCUAUGGAAUGUCCUCCCAUCUAACAGA